ACCGGCAGCUGAUUGAUACAGUUUCCUAGUUUUCCUCGAAAGCGUAUAGUAGUUUCCAUCUUCUUCAUGGACAAGGAUACUAGUUUGGAAAUCCAUCUCCCUCCUGGAUUUAGAUUCCACCCUUCUGAUGAAGAGUUAAUUGUUCACUAUCUAAGAAACAAAGUCACUUCUUCACCACUUCCUGCCUCAUUCAUAGCAGAGAUAGACCUCUACAAGUUCAAUCCAUGGGAUCUUCCAAGCAAAGCUUUGUUUGGGGAAGAAGAGUGGUAUUUCUUUACUCCAAGAGAGAGGAAGUACCCAAAUGGAGUGAGACCAAACAGAGCAGCUGGUGCAGGUUACUGGAAGGCCACUGGAACUGACAAACCAAUUAUCACGUCAGGUGGUAUGAAGAGCAUUGGAGUGAAGAAAGCCCUUGUCUUCUACAAGGGACGUCCCCCAAAGGGAUCCAAAACUGAUUGGAUCAUGCAUGAGUAUAGGUUGCAUGAUUCACUCCUCUCAAAUUCUCACAAAAGAGGCUCCAUGAGACUUGAUGAGUGGGUGCUAUGCCGGGUGAGACAGAAAACAGGCAGCCCAAGAAGUACUUUGGAAGAUCCAAGUGAACUGAUUUAUGAACCAACAAAAAAGAUUCAACAAAUGAAUGAUGAGAACUUCAAUCCUGAACUAGUAAAAGCCUCCAUUGUGCACAACGAAUUUCCAAUGUUACCUUAUAUUCUGGCUUCUAGGAGUACUUUGCCUAAUUCCAUUGGUGUGUCCUCAAGCACAGGCUUUGUUAGAAAUUAUGAUAUGAAACAAUAUGGUUCCGUGCAUGAAGACAACAACUUGAAUGUAAUAGGAGCACAGUUCUUAGCAUCUGCAAUGGAGGGCUUGCAUAAUAAUCCUCUGAAGAGAAAAUUCAUUGAACAAGAAGAAAACCAUUUGGAAUAUGCUCCCCCAAAUAAGAAAAUAAGCCUAGAACUUGGUGAUGAUGUUGAUAAUAGUGAUGAUAAGCCAAGUCUUGUGAUGGAUACAAACAAAGGCUACAAUUUUGGCUUCUUUGAUCAGUGGAAUUCAAUCAUACAACCUCAAGAGCUUAACAGCUUAGCCUUCAUGGGAUAUUCAUGAUCCAUGAGUUUUAUUAUUUGACUACAAUAAUAAGCUAUCUUGAUCUGAACUCACUUUCUAAAAUCAUGUGGUACCCAUUAUUACCAUUUCUCUUUUCAUGAUAUGCUCUUUUUUCACUUGGUGUUGGUGCCUCAUCAAGAAGUGAGUUGUACAGGGCAUGCUUGCUUGUUCUGCAUGGGAAUGAAUGGUAAGUGAAGUGGUUUAUAUGUAAAUAAGCAAGAAUAAUGCAGUGUGGUAAUUAUAUUCUUUUCAGCACAUACAUAAGAAUGUACAUAGUUGAAAAUGUAUAUCAUUACAGGAUACUACUGUAUCAAUUGUGUGCAUAGA